UAAAAAAACAUCAAAAUGGAAAGGGGGGUUUUUGAAGCUGCACUUGAGGGAGACGUGGCAACCUUAAAGAGGCUGUUACAUGAAGAUCCUUUGAUUCUGGAUCGAACCAUAGUGAACACUUAUUCCGAGACCCCAUUGCAUGUUGCAGCGAUGUUGGGGUACCAUGAUUUUGUUAAGGAAAUCAUUACAAGAAAACCCCAACUCGUUAAGGAGUUGAACUCGAAGCAUUCCUCCCCUCUUCACAUCGCGGCGGCCAAAGGGCACGUUGAUGUGGUUAGAGCUUUGGUGUUAGUUGAUCCUGGGAUGUGUUUGGCUCGUGAUAGAGAUGGCCUAACACCGCUCCACCUCGCAGCCAUGAAAGGAAGACUUGAAGUAUUGAAGGAGUUGAUUGAUGCAAUAUCAUCGUCUUCUAGUAGUGGAUUGGUUGAUAUGAUGGGUGUGGAUGAUGAGCGGUUGGGAGAGACCAUUUUGCAUUUGUGUGUUAAGCAUAGCCAGUUGGAGGCUUUGAAGAUUCUGGUGGAGAUGAUAGGAGAUGGUGGUGGGGAUUUUGUGAAUCAGAGAGAUAGUUCUGGCCACACCAUUCUGCAUCUUGCAGUGGCAGAUAAACAAUUUGAGACUGUGAAGUAUUUGCUCAACUAUACUACAAUAGAAGUGGAUGCUCAUCAAGACUUGAUUGGGUUAACACCUAUGGACAUCCUCCUUCUUCAAACUACAAAUAAUGAUGUGAAACACAAGGGACCUAAACAAAUACAAACCCCCCAGAGCCAACCCUCCAGAAACAAGAAGAAAAACCAAAGAAAAAAGCCAAAUACCAAGCCGCCAAAUGCAAAAAAAGGGCACUGGGUUCAAAAAAUGCGAGACGCAUUAAUGGUGGCAGCUUCUUUGCUGGCAACAAUGGCGUUCCAGGCAGUUGUCAGCCCUCCCGGCGGUUUAUUGCAAGCCAACGACAUAUUCAUAGGAGACUCAGAUAUCCAAAAUGACAUAAGUGAUUUCUUUUCUUUUACAGGAAACUCAGAUGAAUCCUCCUUUUUCGCCCCUGCACCGUCGCCGUCUAGUAUAAACAACAACGGUAGAAAUGGUACAAUUGGGAAAUCCGUGAUGUCUUAUUACAAGCCGUCGGUUUAUAUUAUGUUUCUGGUGGCCAACACCACCAGCUUUCUUGCAUCUCUCAGUAUCAUACUGCUGUUGAUAAGCGGUUUGCCGCUAAGCCGAAAGUUGUUUAUGUACAUUAUGAUGAUCAUAAUGUGGGUGGCCAUCACUGGGAUGGGGUUAAGUUAUUUCUUCUGCAUAAACAUGAUUACUCCGAAGACGAAUAACAUGAACGACAUAGGGUUUUACUUGCCCAUAAUUGGGGCGUGCUGGGUAGCAGGGCAUGCUGUGAUUCUUGUGUUAGGGCACACACUUCAGAUGACAAUCAAGAUGGUAAAGUGGGUGUGCAGAGCAUAUAAGAGAAAGCCCAAGAUGACUUCAAGUCGUUCUAUGGAUAUAGACUCCUGUAACGAGAUAUAUGUCACAUGAAUUGAAGAAGCUAAUUCAGAAUUGAGACAAAUAUAUAUCUUCUAAUUGAGUAUAUGAACCAAAAGUUAUUUUUAGUCAAUUUGUGUUAGCUAGUUGAAUUAGAAUAGUUUGUUAUGUACUUCA